AUGUCACAUUCGGCCUACAAAGCUUCUGGCAAGCCAUUGUCAGCAGAAGCAUUAUAUCAUCAACGAGUAAAACAAGGUGUGUUCCAAUCCCCAAGUGGAACAAUUGUUGGGGUCAAUUCAAAUGCAUCAGACACAGCUGCCUUGUUAGCAGCAUCUUCCGAUUUGAGUGUCCAGCCAUCGUAUGUCCGUUCGGUUGCACCAGAAGCACACACCGCUGCUUUAGCAGCUAAGCAACAAGAAAUUAAAGCCUGGGAAAGAGGUCAAGAAGACCCAGAUGCCGGUGCAGCAGCUGUAAAUGCCAAAAGAACCAGUACAUUCUCAUCAACAACUCCUUCUACUACUGUCAAGGUUGGUAUCCCUUCAAUGAACUCAAAUACUAUUUACAAAGCGGCCAAUGCCAACUCUACUAGCACCAUGACAUCAAGAAUAAACCCAGAAAAAGAUAUUAGAAGAUCCGGCAUCCAAUCAAAGCAAGGGGCCACAUCAUUGAACAUUGAUAAGAUUAACAAGUUGGCCACUAAAAACUCUACCAAAUCGUUGAGUUCCCGUUUUAAUCCUGAGUUAGAUUACAGAUCUGGUUUGAAAAAACAAGCUCCAGCUGAAUAUUUGAAUCAAGAUGAAGAGGAUUUGGCUGCUUCUGGUGCCGCUGCUUCUUUAAAGCAUGGUGCUGGGCUUACUGAUCAAGUUUCAUCUCAAAAGAGAAGUCAGACAUUUACAGCCGCUUCCGUAGUCAAUGCUUCUUUGUUGAAGGCAGCUAAUGAAAAAGCUGAAUUAAGGUUGAACUCAUUGAAAUCCAACAAUCCGGCAACUUUGAAAGCUCAAGCCCAAUUGUACGCCAAUGCCUUGGCAGUUGCACAAAAGAGGGCUGAUGAAAGAGUGCAAAAUAGAGCUGCUGGUUUGAUCAGUUUGGGUGGUGGAUUGACUAUCAGUCAAUCCGAAUUAGACAAAUUGGCUUCAACUUAUGUUCAGCCAAUUUUGGAUGAUAUUGAAGGGAAAGCAGAAGCUAAGAGACAGAUUGACAUUGAAAAGAAACAAAAGGAAUUGGAAUUGCAACAAUUGCAUGAGAAAGCUAAAAAGGAGGAACAGGAAGCCAAAGAGAAGGAAAAGCGUGACAUUGAAAUUGCCAAGUUGGAAAGAAAUGCACAAAACGAUAAACGCAAAAAGGCUGAGGAUGACAAAUACGCUGAAUACCAAGCAGGUAGAAAUGAAGAAGUUGACACUAAGCUUCAAGAAUAUAAAGACGUUGAAGCUAAACAUGCUGAAGAGAAAAAAGCUUUAUUGGAUGAAAAGAAAGAGAAUCAAGAUAGAAUUGAUGCUGAGGAAGCAGAAAAGAUUGCUACCAGAAAGCAAGAGUUGGAUGAAUUACAAGCAGAAAAGGAUGAAAUUUUGAAACCAACUUUGGAUGAAUUAAAAGAAGAGUCAGCUAAAUUAGAAGAAGUAACCAAUGCAAGAGAUGAAUUGGCUAAUGAGGUUAAGGCUUCAGAAGAUUUGAAUAAGGAAUAUGAAGAAAAGUUAGCUGAAUUGGAAAGCAAAUUGCAGGAAGCCAAGAAUGAUAUUGAAAAAUACACUACUGACUUGGAGGAGGCUACCGCUAAACAUGAGUCUACUGAUAAAGAAGUGGCUGAAUUACAAGAAUUGCACGAUAAAGAAAAGGCCGAUGCCGAAAAGGAACAUGAAGACUUAGAUGGUAAGUUGAAUGAGUUGGAACAGCAAAAGGAACUGCACCUAGAAGACAAAGCUACCAAGAAGAAAGAGAUUUUGGCUGCCAUCGAUGAGAAAGUUAAAGAUGAACACAAGAUAAACUCUGAAUUACCAGAGCAUUUGCGAGAAGAAGUUGAUGAGCGAAAGAUAAGAGACACUUCGUCAUUAUUCUCAGAAGAAGAACCAGAAAUCAAACAUGUUCCAUUGAUCAAAGAAAGUGAAACUGCUGAUCCUGAAAAGAAAGCUUCGACUGUCGCUGAAGACUCCACUGUGACUAAAGCUGCUGAUACUACCGCACCUAUUGCCACUAAAUCUGCUGCUACUGCUGCUGCUGCUACUGACUCUGCAUCCAAAAGACCUGUGACACCAUCUGCUGCACAAUCACCAACCAAAAAGAAGUCAUCAUUUUCCAGAAGAUUGAGUUCAAUAUUUAAGUACACAAAUACUGAGGAGAAGUCAAAAUCAAGCACUGGUUCAUCCUCGGCAGUUAAGAAGGACACAAAACCUAUCAAGAAGACUGCUGAAACUCCGGCGGAACCAAAGAAGACAAGUGAAACUGCUAAAGCUGCAGAAACUACAACAGCUCCAGCCACCAAACAAAAUCAGCCUGCAGCAAAAGAUGCUGAGAAAGAAGCAAAAAGUGUAAAGGAUGGGGAUGUAUCAGAAUUUGCAGACUUUGAAGAUGACAUUUCUUUGAAUAGAAAGGAAAACAAAGGUGGUGUCUUCACUGAAGAAAUUUAA